AUGCUCGCCUUCCAGCUUUUGAUCCUUGUCGGAUCGACGACAUGUUUCGGUCUCUCCAUAGAGCAGCGGCAAAGCGAUAAUGCUUUUGACUACGUGAUCGUGGGUGGUGGAACGGCAGGACUAGCUCUGGCGAAUCGACUCAGCGCCGACGGCAGCCAAAGUGUCGCUGUCAUUGAAGCUGGCUCAGUAUAUGAAGUUACGAAUCCGGUUCUGAGUAGCACUCCCGCAGGAGACGUUUUCUGGGCCGGCUCUGACCCUUCCGACACCAAUCCACUCGUGGACUGGAACUUCGUCACACAACCUCAAGCAGGUGCAAAUGGACGAUCAAUCCACUACGCGAGAGGCAAAUGCCUCGGCGGCUCUUCUGCUAGGAACUUCAUGAUCUACCAGCGACCGACGAUUGGAUCCCUCCAGCAGUGGGCAGACGCUGUCGGGGAUUCCUCCUACACCUUUUUCAGCUGGCUGCCAGACUUCAAGAAGAGUGUCUCAUUCACACCUCCUGGUCCUCUCCGUGCAGAAAAUGCAUCAGCAGAAUACAACCCUGCUGCAUUCCAGGCCGGUGGACCUUUGCGAGUCUCCUACGCCAACUAUGCAUCGACAUUUUCCAGCUGGAUUGAGCUAGCACUGAAUGCAAUCGGCAUUGGUCAGGCUCUGGACUUCAACAGCGGUAGCCUUAUGGGAGCGCAGUAUUGCAGCUCCACAAUUCAACCAGACAACCAGAACCGGGACAGCUCCCAAACCUCGUUCCUGGACGCAGCUUCCGGUCGAUCGAACUUGAAAGUGUACUCAGUCACAAAGGCAAAGAAGAUUCUCUUCGACUCGAACAAGAAAGCAACAGGCGUGAGUGUCGUGUCCGCUGGCCUGGCGCCAUACACCAUCACUGCAAAGAAAGAGGUAAUAGUCAGCGCAGGCGCGUUCCAAAGCCCUCAGAUGCUCAUGGUCAGCGGCAUCGGUCCAGCGAGCACGCUGUCCAAGUUCAACAUUCCUGUGAUAUCCGAUCUGGCUGGAGUGGGGCAGAACAUGUGGGAUCAUAUCUUCUUCGGACCGUCCUACCGCGUGAAGCUGGAGACGUUCACUAAGCUGGCCAACGAUCCGGCAUACGUUGCAUCGCAAUUUGCCGUCGACUACUCAGUAUUGAAGCGUGGACCACUCACGAACCCAGUCUGUGACUACCUCGCAUGGGAGAAAGUGCCAGCCGCUCUUAGGAGUACCUUCUCUUCAUCGUCCAAGUCCGAUCUGUCCCGCUUCUCUCCCGACUGGCCCGAGAUCGAAUAUUUGGGAGCCCCAGGCUACGUUGGCGACUUCGCUAGCCUGCCCAGGGAUCAGCCCAAGGAUGGGUACGAGUACGCCACGAUAUUGGCAGCGCUUGUGGCACCCAUCUCGCGCGGUAACGUCACAAUCGUUUCAGACGACACCGAUGACUUACCACUCAUCAACCCUGCUUGGUUGACAUCUCCAACUGACCAGCAAGUCGCGAUAGCCGCCUACAAGCGAGUCCGAGCUGCUUUCAUGAGCAGAGCUAUGCAACCCAUCCUCGCCGAUCCGAACGAAUAUUUCCCCGGCACGGACAAGGUGCAAACGGACUCUCAGAUCUUAGAGACCAUUCGCGAUACGCUGCAGACGGUGUGGCAUGCUUCUUGCACUUGCAAGAUGGGCAAGUCUUCGGACCCGAUGGCUGUUGUUGACUCACGAGCAAGAGUGUUUGGUGUGACGGGACUCAGGGUGGUUGAUGCAUCGUCCUUCCCCCUCCUCCCUCCAGGUCAUCCGCAGUCUACGAUAUAUGCUUUGGCGGAGAAGAUCGCGAGACAUAUUUUGAAUGGGGACUAA